UAAACAACGCCCCAUAACCCCAAAUCAUUUACUGUCAUACCUUUUAGGUUAAGUUAAUGUUUUUGGCAUUGUUUUUGUACUAAUUUAAAAAUUUAGGUUACAAGAAAUUGUCGAAAUUAUUAAAUUAUGUCGGGAGGAAGUGUAAACAUAUGCAGCGUAACUCCGGAAGUUAAGCAAGCAUUAAAGGAAUUUAGAUUCAGAAAAUCUAAUGACACAGCAGCCUUAGUCCUUAAAGUUGAUAGGGAAAAGCAAGAAAUUAUUAUAGAUGAAAAAAUUGAGGACAUUUCUGUUGAUCAGUUACAGGAAACUUUACCUAGCCACCAACCUCGUUAUAUUAUCCUAUCAUAUAGACAAGAACAUAAAGACGGAAGAGUUUCUUACCCUUUGUGUUUCAUUUUUUUUACACCAAGAGAUAGUCACGCGGAAUUGCAGAUGAUGUAUGCGGGAUCAAAACUAGCCUUACAACAAGAAUCUGAACUCACUAGAGGAUAUGAAAUUAGAGAGUUGGAAGAUUUAACAGAAGAAUGGUUGUUGGAAAAAUUGGGAAAUUAAUAGGUAGGCCUAUUAUUUACCAUUUAAAAAUUAAAUCAAAAGUAAACAUAACAAUUUAUUUGGUAUCUUGAAAAAGUUUUUAUUUGAACAUUACAUAUACUUUUUAAUAAUAUUAUUUACCAUUUUGUUAUUUUUUAUACACAUAUGUAUACAUCAAAUUAAGAAAUGAAAAAUUGAUAGUUUCAGAAAUUUAUGAACAAAAUGAGCUUUAUUCAAUAACAUUCUAUUACAAAUAAUCUUUUGUUCUAUAACAGAAAUUGAAACAUUAAUUAUAAAUUAUUUUUAAUUAAUUUAAUUAAUAAAUUUAUAAUUUUAAAUAAGUAAUAUUUAUUAAUUAAUGAAAUAACAGUCAAAAUCAAUUAUUCUGCAAUGGCAUAAAAAUUCCUAAUGAUAUUCAAAACUUUUCCUUGUGGUUUUAAAUUAAGUUUAAGUUGAAAAACUCUUACUUAUAAGAUUAAUUUCAAUAUUCAAUAUCUAUUUGGUCCUAUUUUUCUAUAGUUGUCUUACUAUUUCUAAAGACAACUUCAGGGAACUGAAAAAUGUAAAAUUCAGGCUUAAUUCCCUUUUAAAACUCUAGGCUGUUAAUUAGAAACAAAAUUUGGUUUUUAUUUUUAAUAUUGGGGACUUUUAUUGUAUCCUCUAUCUGUUAGUUACUUGAAUGAUCUCACCAGAAUAUAUUAUUUCAAGAAUCAUGGCUGUACUGAUAAACAAACAAUCUGCCAUAGUGAAAAUUUUAGAAAUUACUUUAUACAUCUACUACUUAAGUCUUCAAAUAAUGCCAUAAUUUGAAUGUCUGUUGUUAUGUCUAGUUCCUACUUUCUUUCUCUUUGGUUUCCAUUAUAGCCCAAAUCACUUCAUAGGUGCACUCUUCUGAUUCUAACAAGCCUUCCAUCAUGUUGGCAAUAUUCAAAAUUUCUGGGUAUACAAGUUUUUCAUAUCUUCCCCUCUGGAGCAGUCUUUCACACUGCAGUAGAGGCAUUUAGGAAUGUCUUAUCUCUGCCUGGUAUAAAGCUACCUGUGAAAGCAUCCAUGGCCUGUGAGUGCUUAUGUUAAGAAGUAGUCUGUUGUUUCUUGUUUAUUCAGACUUCAAUAAUAGGGAUGAGUCAGCGGGUCCAUCGGUCAUAUGUUCCGUUGUCCGAUUUCCCUUGCCUAUUGAUAAUAUUUGUUCUUCCAUCUUCCUUCGACACUCCGUCGUACAUGUCUUUUCUUCUCUUUUAAUCGGAGCUCCAUAGGAGUCAACCCUGUGAUUACCCCUAUUCCUUCAGCACCUGUAUUAGCCAUAAAAGGCAAAUUUUUUGUUUGUCAGUAUAUUCACAUUUUUAAAUACAUAUUGUUCAUAAUUUAAGUGCCACAAUUUAUAAUUCCAUGUAAUACUUUUUGAAUAUUUUUUUUGUAUAUUUAAGUAUUGAUUUUUUAACAUGUACAAUAUGGAUCAAUUCAUUCACAAAGCAAUAAAUGAUCUUAUUAAUGAAAUCUGAUCUCAAACGUUCCUAUUCGAAUUUAGUUUGAUAUCAAAUUUAUAUUUAAACGUGUUCUCAGUGAUUUGAAUUGGCAAAUAUCAAAAUAUAUUUUUAAAUUGUCUAGACAAGGAAAUCAUAUAGAAUUUGUUCCUUUUCUGGUUGAAAUUAAAAAUAAAACUUAUUUUGUAAUCGUCGAGAUUAAGCCUAUUUAUUAAUAUUUCAUUAUAUCCAUCAAUAGUAUUAUUCAGUCGAUUUAAAUUAUAACAUUAUUUUGUAUCUCAUGUACAGGGUGGUUUAUUAAAAGAUAGAUCCAUUGAUAAGUAUGUAAUAAGUUACAGUUUUUACUUUGGGUAAUGGGUCAAUCAUUUUUUGAAACACCCUAUAUAAUUAUGAUUGAUUUGUUGAAACGGAAGAUUUUUAUAGUGAUAAUUUGAAUAUUGGGUUGACAGAAAUUUAACCCACGAGAACCCAAAUAAUUGACAAAAACUAGUUGACAAAAAUUUUUGUUAUUAAACUAAUACAAAAAAUAUUUUUUUUAUCUGGCACACUUAUCAGAAAGUGGUCGAGUCUGUCGUAUCUGAUGUCAUCACUUUCCCUGUUAAUUUCCGUUUAUUGGUGGAAACAUGGCCCCUUCUGAGCCAUGAGAACACAGGCACAGUUUCCAGGGCCUCCUUCUCCAAAGAAUCUGUCUGCAAUAUUGCUACUUGUAUUUUUGCAAAACUCCUUAAAGUUCUUUUUUCCAUUUGGUAUGUUAGCAGAGUUUUUUCUUUUUGCAGAAGAAAAAAAGAGAAUUUUUGUGCCACUUAAAAUAUUAUUUUUAUAUUUAAUCCUGUCUGGCUCUUAAUCAUCAGUUGACGCGAGGAAAUUCUGCAAAUGCUUCCCAUUGCUUUUAAUCAAUUGACCAGAUUCUCCAAACAGUAUUAAAUCAAACUGCCAUUUUUUUAUAUAAUUUGUAGCGUCACUUAUGUUAACUUCAACUGUUUCCAAAAACAAUGAAGUAUUAGACAUCAUUCCAACAAAAUCUCUAAAGGCAUGCAAAAAAAAACACAGUAUCAUACAGCAACAAAUCUUUUAAGAUUGAUUUAGCUGUAGUUUUAACACUGGCUGUGUAGGUGAUGCUUUUAAAGAUUUCUGUUUGAACCGCUUCUGUAAUAUAUGAUUUUCCUUUAGUAUUGAUAUCGUUGGUUAUAUCUUCUUCAGUAAGACCAAUUCUAUGCCCAUCUGCUAAAACCAAUUCCUGCCAGCUGCUAAUUGGCAACCAGGAAGCCUAUCUAUGUUAGAAUCAUUGUAAUUUUCAUCCACCAGUAAGAAAACUGGGUUCGGGGGGUUCAAUAUAUAUUGAGUCCACUGGUAGUUCAUCAGAAUAUACAAUUUGAAGUGAUUUCUCUAAAGAAAAGCCGCGUUUGAAAAAAAAAUGUGAAAAAUUUGCAUAUUAUUUCACAUCGAAACUUUGUUGUUGUUUGUAGAGUUGCCAUAUUAAACUAAACAAGUGCAGGUGUUACGCAAAUCGGUAUUAUCAAUAAAUUUUCUUAUAGAAACAUGUUUUUAAAUACCACAACACAAAAGUAUGAAUAUUUGUUUCUGGUGAAAUGAGAAUUUGUACUUAUUCGAACCGUAUGUCUAUUUUUAUCGGCACCACCACGAGAAGUUCCAUUAACCUGCUGAUAAACAGCUAUUUGACCGCUAUCUGCAAGUUGCCAUGAAUAAAGAAGACGUUAUACACAGCCAAGUACAUAUAUAUGCUGCCAUCUAUCCAAUACUUUCUUAAAUUUUUUUGAAAUUUGCGCAUUUGGCAGCACUAGACCUUGAUGGGUUGAAAAUAUUUGUCAACGAAUAGUUUUUUUCUUGUUAAUGGAAACAAAAUAUUUUAUUUAUAUCAUAAAAUAACAAAUAAAUGCUAAUAUAUUCUAGAAUUAGUAAAAAAUUGUUCCAGUAUUUGUCAAUUGAAUUAAAUUAAAAAAUAUAGAUUGUUAAAUGUGAAUAUUACUUUUUGCUAGCUACGUCACUGAUGAUAAUGUCAAUUUUCUAACACAAACAUCAUUUUUUUAUUUUAAACAAAUUCUCUUUAAACUUUCAUUUCAGUAAAUUCUGAUCAAUGUUAUUAUUCUAUAAUUUCAGGAUUGCAAAUAAUAACAAAUUUUGUUUUAACAACCUGUAUUCAACUUAUUUGAGCUGUUUUAAGAGACCUGAAGGUUUCAAAAUGAUGUUCAUUAUCUUUUCUACGAUAGCUGUUCAAACAGAAAGAUACAACAUCAAUGUUACUACCCAGCCAUUUACAAUAGAAGAAUCAAAGUUUACCAUUUCAAGUCAAAAAGAUUCGAGUCUUAGAUUGGACUCUUCAGAUCAACCAUCUUCCUAACAUACCGUCCAUAUCAAUAAAUCUCUUCCAAUACCACUAGAAUGGAAACAUCCAAAAUUUCUAUCCAAAAAAAAAGAGUCCAUGUGGACUGACGGUUUGUUAGAUGUUUGCCGUGCGUAUUUAUGAAAUAAUGAUUGUUCCUCGUAUAACUGUUUUCUGAAAUUGAUAUUGGAAGAACUAUACAUGGCGUGAUAUAAUUUAAAAAUUUUUGUGCGUUUCCUUUUAAUCUUUCCGGUUAAGUUUAGUCAGUUAAGGUCGAAGUUUUUUACAAUUUUGCUAAUUCUGCUAGUCUAAUUUACAAACUUUGAAUUGCAUUAGAAGAUCUAAGUAUAGUAUUAAUUUAGACAAAUAUUUAACAAUGUUUUUUGUGAUAACAAAAUAUAUGAAUUGACAAAUAUUUGAACGAAUUUAACAAAUAUAAUACGAGCUUUAUAUGUAUAUUUUUUAAAAAAUUUGAUUAGUCUUUUGUUGGGGGAAGUUUCUAAUUGUUAAUGAUGACCACUUCAGUAUUAGUUCUUUUUACAAAUUAUUUUUAUAUUGGGAUUUUUUUAUUAAUCUAAAUAUCGAUUUAUGUAAGACCUAACAGAAUGCUAAUUAAAAAAAAGAAAGAAAACGUAGCGUACAUUAGAUAGGUACCUGAAAAUAUAAAUUUAACUUGUUUGAAUAUAUUUUAUAUCAAUUAAUAUAAAACUAUAUUGAUGUAUAGAAAUCUAACAAUUUAACUUGCCAAAAAAACUGUUGAAUACAUUCCAAAGUUAACCAAAUACUUGUGUAUACAAUGUAAGUAAGAAACAUAAAAACAGAAAUAUUAUGGAAUGCAGUUUUGAUAAUUAGCAUAAUAAAACAACUAAUACAA